CGUUGAUUCGAGCUCUGAUUCAGGCUUCUUAUCUAUCAAAGUCUAACUCUGUGGUUACUAAAUCAUUAUUGUACAAACGAGACAUUAUACCUAAGUUUGAGAAUAUUUCCCUACGCCACUCUACCUUUGUCACCAAUCAUUAACCGUAUCUGCACCUAGUUACUGUUUUUGCCUUUUUUUUUCUCUCUGGUAUCACGGUCUUAGUGGCAUAAAAAGAAGAGCUACAGUGAAAUAUAUAUCAGAGCUUUGCAUUAACCACUUACUACUAUGGUAAUGACUAGAAAAACUCAGUGACUGAUCCUUAACGGCUGUAAUUUACCAGUAGAUAGAGAGAGAGAGAGUUCGAAUACUAAGAAAACAGAGAGAAGAACAAACAAGAGAGCUACCCACUUAGAUAUAACCUGUUAGGGAGUGACUGUUACCAAAUACUUAUUGAAGAACAUCCAUGGUACACUUUUAAAUUGACGUGAAAGCUCAUUACCUAUCAAGAUGGACCGAGAAAUACCACAACACAUAUCAAGAGUUAGAAAUCUAGCACGUGCUCAUCUAGAAUCACAAUACACAAUACGUGAUCAAUCGGACUCGCAGUAUACCUCGUCUGAAAACGAAGAAGAUGAACUCCACCUUAAUACUUACAAAAGUAUUGGCAGAAUGAAACAGUACGAGGAAGCUUUUUUACAGUCAGAAGGUAUGGUGGAUCCCACGGUUCUACAACAAGAUACAGUAUCUGUAAGAAGAAACCUAUUCAUGAAUAGAUCGAGAAGGGAGAACUUUAUGGCACGAGGGGAUGGUAAACAACCUUUCCCCCUGAUUAGACCCAGCACUUUGAGACAGGAAAGAGAUCGUGAUCUCGAGGGUUUAUACUUAACAAGGACACCUUCAGGAUCUUUAUUUAUUUCCGGUGAUUUUCCGAAAAGACCAGACUCUCCUCAACAUAAAAUUUCAGCACCAACUCUGCACAAUGAAUUUAAACACACAGACAGACCACCUGUGCCUGUUGUUCCCGUCCGUAACAACACAGAACGUCCUUUGGCAAGCCACCAUUUUGUUCAUUCUCGAUUACAUUUGAGGAAAACACUGUCAUCUCGUUGCAGCUGGAAAUGUGCAGCUCUAACCUUUAUGUUUAUUUCAGUUGUUCUUCUUAUAGCCUUAUCAUAUUUUGUAGUGAUAAAUGUGAAACACUCUAAUAGACAGUCAUGUUCGGUAAUGGUGAAGGAUAUGCAGUCAGUCUUACCAGAACCAGGGUUAAAACGUCUACCCUCGUUACCAGCUAAAAUACUGCCACCCGAGAGUGACGUAUUUUCAGAAAUAAGACUUGGAACAAGAAACACAAGAAGUAUACAGUCGUUUGGACACUGGAAUAUUCAGUUUCAUCAACGAGAAGCUGAUUUGGUCAAAUUUAGCUUCUCCAUUCCUCUGGGAGCAAGCAUAGGGGUCUACGGAAGAAGAAAUAGUAUCCCUUUCCACACAAGAUAUGACUUUGUCGAAAUUCUCAGCCCCAUAAGCAGUAGUGAUGAUACGGCACUUAAAGAAUUUCACAACACGGAUUUUGUCCAUUUUCUCGACCAAGGAUUGUGGUACAUUUCUGUUUAUAAUGAUGGAGAGAGCCCAGAAGUUUUGUCCUUUGUACUUAUUAUAGCAGAUGAAGCAAGCCUACACUGUCCAUAUGACUGCCACGGCCAUGGAACCUGCAACGUCGGUAUUUGUUCUUGUGAACCUGAUUAUGCAGGAGACUCUUGUGCUUAUAGAGUCUGUCCCGUACUCUGCAGUGGGAGGGGACACUAUACUUCUGGGGAAUGUAUAUGUAAUCCUGGAUGGAAAGGAAAAGAAUGUCAGUUUAGAGAAGAUGAAUGCGAAGUUGUAGAUUGCAACGGUCACGGAGACUGCGCAGAUGGAAAGUGUCAGUGUUACCCAGGUUACAAAGGCGAUUACUGCGAAGAAAUUGGUUGUUUAGAUCCAGAUUGUUCGAGACACGGUAUUUGUGUCAGUGGAAUGUGUCUCUGUCGGAAAGGAUGGAAAGGAGCAGAUUGCAGUGAGCCGGAUAGUGAUACAUUGCGUUGUCUGCCCAAUUGUUCCGGGCAUGGACAAUUUGAUUUUGAGCUUCAGCGUUGUGUCUGCAACGACCAUUGGAAUGGCCCCGACUGCUCCCAAGAGAAAUGUGAUCUCGAAUGUGGACCUAACGGGAAGUGUCAAGAUAAACAGUGUGUGUGUUUAGAUGGUUGGAGUGGGACUUCGUGCGCUGAAAAACUGUGUGACUUUCGAUGUGAUGAACACGGAAAAUGUAAAAACGGAACUUGCAUCUGCAUUCAAGGUUGGAAUGGUCGUCAUUGCACAUUAGAGGGUUGUCCAAAUAGCUGUAAUAACCAUGGAGAAUGCGUGAUAAUUGAGAGAGAAUGGCAAUGCCGUUGUACGUACAACUGGGAUGGACUGGACUGCAACAUUUUGUUGGAGAGAGAUUGUGAUGAUCAGAAAGACAACGACAAUGACGGCUUAGUGGAUUGUGCCGACAGUGAAUGCUGCAGUAACGACGCUUGUGAAAACGAUCCACAUUGCUUCUCAGCCAUUGAUCCAUUAGACAUUCUUCUCAGAAAGCAACCUCCAGCAGUGACGUCUUCUUUCUUCCAAAAAAUGCAGUUUUUGAUUGAAGAAGAUUCCGUUCAAAUCUACACCCGUGAAAAUACUUUCAGUGACAGACACAAAAUCACGUUUGGGAAUCACUUUAAUACACGGCGUGCUUCUGUUAUCCGAGGGCAAGUUAUAGCACCAUCUGGCAGGGGCUUAAGGGGAAUCCGAGUUGAAAUUUCUACGGAUCCACUCAUUGGUUAUACUGUUACCAGAGAAACAGGCUGGUUUGAUCUCAUGGUAAAUGGUGGUGGAGCUGUAAUGUUACAGUUUGAACGUGAACCAUUCAAGUCUUAUGAACUUAAUGUUGUUGUUCCAUGGAACGAAAUUGUUGUUAUAAAUAAAGUCAUCAUGAACACUAGCCAAGCAAAUGAUGCAGAGUACAAGUCAACUGUGUGCAUGGAACAUGAUUAUGAAACCAUGAAGCCAGUUGUUCUGGCGACGUGGAAACAUGGUUUUCAGGGUGGAUGUCCUGAGAAAAGCUCCAUAUUGGCAGAAUCCCAGGUUGUCCAGGAAAGCCUUCCAAUUCCCGGUACAGACCUACACCUUGUCUAUCACAGCAGUAGAAUGGGGGGCUAUUUAUCUACUAUUCAACUUCAGCUAACACCUGAUGUGAUUCCCUUAACUCUUCGUCUCGUUCAUCUUCGAAUAUCUAUCGAAGGAAUAUACUUUGAAAAAUUAUUCGAGGCUGACCCUACAAUUAAAUUUACAUAUGCUUGGAACAGAAGAAAUGUCUAUCGACAGAAGGUAUAUGGCAUAGCAACAGCUACAGUCCACAUUGGUUAUGAAUAUAGUAGUUGCCCUCAGAUAAUUUGGGAAGUACAAAACACUCAAGUCAGUGGACAUGAUAUGAGUAUUUCCGAAAUCGGAGGCUGGAACCUAGAUAUACAUCAUCGGUAUAACUUUCAUGAAGGUAUUCUACAAAAAGGAGAUGGUACAAACAUAUAUUUAAAAAACAAACCAAAAGUUCUGUUGAACGUCAUGGGAGACGGGCAACAAAGGCUUUUACACUGUCCUGACUGUGAUGGCAUUGUAACGAAACAACGACUUUUGGCACCUGUAGCCAUAACAGGUGCUCCGGACGGCAGUUUGUUUGUCGGAGACUUUAAUUUAAUCCGAAAAAUUACUCCUAGUGGGUUAGUUACAACGGUAGUGGAGCUCAGUGAUACUCAAGUCGCCUACAAGUACCAUUUGGCUGUAGGGCCACUCGAUGGAAAACUGUAUAUUUCAGAUCCGGAAAGACGUCAAGUUCUUCGAACUAUAAGCUUCAAAGAUAUUGAGAAUGUUCGUAGAAAUAUAGAAGUUGUAGUUGGCAGUGGCUUAAAGUGUUUACCGGGAGAUAAACUCCUUUGUGGUGAUGGCAAACCCGCUAGGAACGCAAAACUAUCUUAUCCUAAAGGAAUUGCAAUAUCUCCCCAGAAUGAGAUGUACAUUGCUGAUGGUACAAAUAUUCGGAUUGUAGAUAAAGCUGGAAUCAUUCAUACUCUGUUAGGCGAUCAUGACCACAAGCGUAACUGGGAACCGAUACCUUGCAGUGGAACAGUAAAACUAAACCAGGUGAAUCUUCGUUGGCCUACAGAAUUGUGCCUGAAUCCUUUGGACAAUUCUUUGCAUGUAUUGGAUGAUCACAUGGUUCUCCGGAUUACCCAGGACAAGCGUUUGAAAGUUGUAGCUGGUCGUUCUUCCCAUUGUCUAGAUCCUACUGCUUUCCCGGAAAGGAGUGACAUUGCUACACAGAGUUACUUAGAAUCUCCUCAAGGGAUCGCAUUUGAUCCCAAUGGAGACUUGUAUAUUGCCGAAAGCGAUUCACAGUUGGUAAACAGAGUUCGCGUUGUUGGCAGCGAUGGAAGAAUAUCGCAUUUUGCUGGAGCAGAAUUGAACUGCAGCUGCUUAGAGGAAAGCUGUAAAUGUUUUGAUGAAAACAAUUUUCUUGCGACAACAUCCAAAUUUAAUACCAUUUCCUCCAUAACGGUAACACCUGACGGAAUUCUUUACAUAUCUGAUCAAGGAAAUUUAAGAAUUCGAUCUAUUUCAGCAUCUCUUCUUCAGCCGAACGAUUUUCAGGAAUACGAAAUUAAUUUUCCUCAGGCACAAGAGCUUUACGUUUUUAACAGACAUGGGCAACAUAUUGCAACUAAGAAUAUUCUAACUGACAAGACAGUAUAUACCUUUUCUUACAAUGUGAAUACUAGUUUUGGAAAGCUAAGCACUGUUACUGAUGCAGCUGGUAACAAAAUUUACAUUCUAAGAGAUUACAGCAAUCAGGUGAAUACCAUUGAAAACACUCAGGGUGGCAAAUGUAGACUGGAAAUGUCCCGUAUGAGAAUGCUUGAGAGCUUCACUACACCAGACAAUUUCAAGACAGUGUUUGAAUAUUACGGAAGUACAGGACUAUUGACCAGCAAAAUCGAUAGUUCAGGUAGAGCCUAUAUUUAUAUUUAUGAUGACUAUGGCCGGCUAACAGAAGCUGUAUCUCCUAUUGGCGAAAACAUAAAGUUAUCCUAUAAUCUCAGCACCAAAGGCGCUUCAGUUACUAUUAUCCGUGGCAAUAUGGAGCCAGUGUCACUUAUUAUAAAAGGAUCUGACGUAAUAACAAAAUCAGGAGAUAACGAGGACCGAAUCACUGAACAUAUAGAUGGCAGCUUUACGACAAGGUCGAAAGACUCUAGCACUACACAUAUAGAAAUGGUCCCACAUCCCGUUUUUGUAAAAAAAAGUCCUUUGUGGGCAGAAAUAUUUCCUACCCCUGUUAGAUUAAAAGUGUCUUUAUAUGGCGAUUUAUUUCAGAAGUUUGAGUGGCAUUAUUACCUCAGAAGAGAAGACAAAGGACGAGAUCGAAAAAUAAGGCAGAUCGGUAGACAACUUAAGGUGAACGACGACACACUGCUGGCUGUGGAGUUGGAUCGGGAACAGUACUGUGAAACUGUGUAUGACAAGAAGCAAAUCCCACUGGUCUCUGUCCAUUACAAUGCUCUAGGUCACCCACUUCAAUGGAUCCCUACACCCAAUAUCACUGCUGUUCAAUUGGAGUAUGACCGGUUUGGGCGACUGUCAAAGUGGACAAGGGGCUAUCUCUCAGAACGUUACUCCUUCGAUAUCCAUGGUCGCCUGGCAGAGGUCAGAUACUCUGACAGUAGCGCUAUAAUGUACAAGUACGACGACGGUCACAUGAGCUUGCCGACAGAAAUUAUCCUCCAGAGUGGAAGCCGUUAUAUUUUGAAGUAUGAUGCAUCAGGAGGUUUACAAGCUGUGAUUACACCUAAUGGAAACAAACAUGAAAUAUCGAAACAGAUUUCAUUGGGAUUUUAUAAAUUUCUGUACGUUGCUCCUGGUGCAAAAAAUCCAUAUAUAUUAGAUUUUAACCAUCGAGGUGAUAUUGUUGCGAAACUUUAUCCAAACGCCAAAGGUAGGGUGUUUUAUGUAUACGACAAACAAGGAAAACUAGAAACCGUCUUCUGCGGUGGAGAAAGGACAGAUUACCGUUAUAUCAAAGAAAGUGGACAAGUGAAAAGUAUUCUGAAAAGCAUCAUUGAUCUUGAUUAUAGGGUAGAUUACACCUAUCAUGGAGCUGUCGUGAAAGACGAGAAGCAUCGUUACAGUAGUAGAAGUGGAUUUAAUGGGGCUAAGAUCAAAUACCGCUAUGAUGGUCGUCUUUCUUCAGUUCAAGUCGAAGUAAAUGGAAAAACCAAAACUGAAACCAUUUAUCGUUACAACAGUGAAACCGGAGUGUUGGAACAGGUGAAAAACUUCCGUGUUUAUCGGUCUAAUAUAAACAACGUUUUCAUUCAAGAUGACACUAAGCACAAUUCAAAAGUCAUUCAAAUGGAUUCGUAUGGUCGCAUCGUUGUCUUAGCAAUGACUUUAUGGAAUAAAGAAGUUUUCUCGCUUAAUCUUCAGUAUGAUAAUCGAAGCCGAAUCAUACAGACCCUGCUCAAAAUUGGCAGAGAUGCGUCGGUUAUAGUCACGAACUAUACUUUCACUAUAGAUGGAUUUCUGGAGUCAGUAACCGGAUCUCAAACAUGGCGCUUUAUUUACGAUAUUAAUGGAAACAUAAAAAGUAUAUGGGACGGACUCAGGCAGAUCCCUCUUCGAUAUAACGAAAGAGACAGACUUAUAGGAUAUGGAGAAGUAGAACUGUAUUCUGUUGAUAGUCGUGGAUUUGUAAUUUGUCGGGGAGAGGAAAAAUUCCAAUUUAAUGCCAAAGGUCAACUAACAUUGGCUUUUGAACUACAUCAGUAUGAAGUAAAUUAUUUUUAUGAUGCUACUGACCGAUUAAUAGGCCGAAAAGAUCAUCGAGGAAAUAUCACCCAGUUCCUAUAUUCAGACCCCAUACACCCACAUCUGAUAACACACAUGCAUUAUCCCCUUAAUAACUUAACGUUCUUCCUAAUUUACGACCCCAACAACCAUCUGAUAUAUAUGAACCAGGACAAAAUGAAAUAUUACGUUGCGACAGAUCAUAUUGGAACACCUAUCACAGUAUUCACAUCUGAAGGAAAUGUUCUUAAAGAAGUACAUCGAACACCUUUUGGUGAAGUUAUUGCUGACUCGAAUCCAGGAUUCAUCCUUGCAGUUGAUUUUCAGGGAGGGUUCAGAGAUCCUCUGACUCAACUAAUUCACUUUGGUAGUCGAGUAUACGACCCACUUGGAGCACAGUGGUUAACUCCGAACUGGGAAGAUAUCCCGAACUUACUGAGGAGGCCAUACAACAUUCAUCUUUAUCGUUUCCACGAAAAUGACCCAAUCAAUCAAGAACAUGAACAGAAAAAAACUUUGAAUGAGCUACCUGAUUGGCUGACUGCUCUGGGUUACGACAUCAAUAAAGUACUCUUUCCAACACAAUCAUCCUGUGCAAAAAGAUCAACAUCAGUGAUAACACAGCAAACUCUACCAGUGAUAUCAGGGUUGAGCUGUAAGGUUCAGAUCAUCAGUAAUGAAUUUUAUAGGUUCAGUACUGUUCCACAGACUGGAGUAAAAGUUAAUAGUAAUUUUAUGCGUCAAAUCAGUUCAAGAAUUGCUAACCUUCCUUCAGUCCUAGGAGAUGGUAUUCUUUUGUCCAAUCAAAAUGGUCGUGCUAUCGUGCGGAUUGUGAGUGGAACUCCGGCGGUUUUAAGAGAUGUUGUUAGUUCUGUGUUUAAUGAUACAUUCAUGUUAGAUUUCCACUUCUCUCACGAAGGUUACGAUUCUUUUUAUUUUGUGCAACCAGAUUUGAGAAGAGCGCAAAAAGAUUGGGACCAGCUUCAACGUCUGGAUUCAAUGUUUAAUGUUACCAUACAUGCUGUAAAGGAAGAUGAAAAAUUCCCUGGUAGCUCGAAGAUGGAUAUCAAACUUCAAGGUACUUAUGUUAUACUAAAUAUUCGCUAUGGCUCAAUUCUUGAAAAAGAGAAGGAACGUUUACUUUUAGAUGCUAAACGCAGAGCUGUCGAAGAGGCAUGGCAACAUGAAGUAGCUCUAGCUCAAAGCGGUCGUCGUGGCUCAAAAGAUUGGAAUAAGACCGAGAAAGAAAGUUUGUUAUCAACAGGAGCGGUUCCAUGGUAUCAUGGUGUUGAUUUCCAUGAUAUAGAUAGAUACCCACUGCUAGCCGACGAUCCAACAAAUGUACUUUUUCAAAAAAAAAGCUCUAGAAAACGAAGAGUUCGACUUCGCAAAAGACCAGGGUAAAGAAUUAAUAUUAAUAACACCAAUGGUUGUUAUUUUAUACUUGCUACUUUAAUGCUAUGAAUAUACUUGUAGUUUUAUGUGAAUCUUUAUGAGAUGCACCUGCCUAUGUAUGUAUGUAUGAGUCUAUGUAUGUAUAUACGUGUUAUGUGUAUUCUUGGGACUUGGGAAAACUAAUACAGUACCAAGCUAAUGUGUACGUAGAAAUGUACUUUAUCUUUCAAAAUUAUAUAAAUGGGUUUGUGAUGCUGCAAAUGUUGAGUGACAGUAGAAUCCAGUAGAGCUUAGUCAAGUUUGAUCAUUUUAAUCACAUUUUAGAAAAAAAAGAACAUCAGUUACGUCAUUGGAAUGAAACAUUUAAUUCAAAUGGUUCAAAUCAAUUCUGGAACUUUUAUUAUUUUAAACCCUGUUUAUCUGUAUUCAGAUUGGACUCUGUAGAAUACAAAUUGAUGGAUGAGCUUUCUUUAACAAUAACUAUCGCCUAUUGUUUACAUCAUAGUUAUUGUACAGAUAUUCUCAAAUACUAAAUCCCUGUGAAAUACAUUAAUGAUUAUGAAAAAAUCUAGUUUCAAUGACAUUUCAUACUGUCUCAGCAAGAUUAAUAACCAAAUUAUCUACAAAUGCUAACAAAACAGAAAAUGUCUUUUCCAUUGCAUUUAUCGAAACAAGUUGUGAUUGCAAAUACUCCGUGGAAACUUGUAACGACUGCAAAAACAAAAACAAAAAACUGAGAUGCUGAGAAGCAAACAAAUUCAUUUUCUUUAUCUCUAGUCACGUGUUAUUUUAGAAUCUUGAAAGGUACUGUAAUGCAAGAUCGUGAACACGUAUAAUAACAAAUAUACUUGCCAUAUUUAACUACGUCAUUUGAAAGUGAAUUAUAGUUUAUGUUUGUAAUGUUGUAGAAGUAUAUAUCUAGUCUAUAAGUGUGUUUAGAUUUUACUGUGAAUUACUUAAUGCUAAUCAAGAUUCACAGGAACUUGUUGUUUUAAUGUAAUUCUUGUUGUUUAGACCAUUUAUUUCUCCCUUCAUUGCCAGACUGUUUUUUUUUAAUAUUUCUCAUUAUAAAAUUUAGUUUCUGUACUUGUUUUCAAGCUAUAUGAUACACACGUAGAUAUGCAACCCUGUGAUUAACGGUAUUUUAUUCAUGACUUAAAACUACGUUUUAUAUUAAAACUCACUAAGUUUUUUUUAAUUUUAAAGUAGCAUGUUAAGUUAUACUUAGUAUGAAAUUUCAAUCAAAAACUGUGUAAAUACCAACGUUUUUCAAAUGAACAUUUAUUCUAUAAGAGCUUCUAUUCCGUAAGUGCGGCUAAUAUUUCCAAGUGCCUUACUUUCAAUCACUCCUUGCACACUUCAGCAUCCUUUAGAGCUUUAUUCCAUUACACAGUCUCUAAACGUUUUAAUUGAACACAAAUCAAGUCACUAGUGCCAAAAUGAAUGAAGAAUUUAUAACACCUUCACCACCGGCUUAUAAGGCUGUAUAUAUAUAUAUAUAUAAAGAGGUAUUUAUUGUGUCAUUUCUUUGUUUGUUUUCGUUACGAGUGCUGAUAAUGUCCUUGUUUAUAAAGGUAAUAAUGUGAUUGAACAAACCCUGAUUAUGUUUUAAAAAAUACUUUGAUGUGUACAUAAAAGUUGUAAGUUAAACAUAAUACACGUUGAAUAAAGUCUAUAUUAAGCUUGA